UGCUGUGAUGCUUCUGGUGCACUUGCUCCUGGUGCUUUGCACUUCAGAUUGAAGUAAAUGAAGCGCACCUGCCUCUUCCAUGAUAUUGCCUGUCCUUUCUCAUUAUGCAGUCUGAGAUCAGCUGUGAACACAGGUUAGAAUUGCAGCAGAUACAUUUAUGACCUCACAAUUUCAAGCCCUGUUGUAAAGGUGUGUGCAAGAGAAAUGUUUGAGGAAGCAAAGCUUUAAAAACCAUAAAACUGGAACUGUUUAGCCUAACAUGAUCACCCAGUUCUUCUAUGCAAUAACCCAACAAGGAAUAAUAUCAAAUCCCAGUCCUGCUUCUAAAAUAUUUUGACUAUCUUUGAGGUCUGUGAAUGGAAAUGACAGCAGCUACAGAGGUCAAAGCAGAAUUUGCAGUACAAAUUGCUAAUCAGGCAGAUUCAGCAGAAGCAAAAGAUGAAGUGAAGGAGCAGGAGGAAGAGGAGGAGGAUCAUUCUGGCCAGGCAUGUUCCUAUGUCCUCUACAUUGGGAACCUGAACCCCAAAUAUUCCUCUGAUGUUCUCUGCAGCAUGUUGAAGGACAUAUUUGGAAUGGCGAACGUCACACUUCAGAGACACAACAUCGAAGUUAUAAGGAAACGCAGACAGGCCCAUGCCUUUGUCCAGCUGGCAACAGAGACCAGUCUGGAAUGUGUUCUGAAAUGCCUGCUGAUUGCCUCAGAUGGAGAGGAAGACCUCACCAAGAAACUUGUGAAAAAAGGAAAAAGUUUAGUUGUAGGACCUGGCAAGAAGUUUGCAUUUGGAAACAAAGAUGGCAGAGAGAGUGAUUCUGUUGGGAGCAGCUCAGAGUCUCCUCUGGGAGACCAACAAGUGCAUGAGAAAAGCAGGAAAUGGCUGCAAAAGGAAACUCAGACUCACCCCAUCAGAAAAUCUGCUCAGUACUCCUGCAGACUGGUAGAUCAGCCAGUGAGAUUCCUGAGUGGCACAUGUUCAGACAGUGCUAUUCUCCAAAAAGAUAUCAUAAAGAAGGAAUGCCUGUUCCAUGGAGCUUUCUUGGGUAGUGAGACCCGGAAUGUGGAAUUUAAGCGUGGUGGUGGUGAUUAUCUGACAGUCACCCUAAAGCAUCAUGUGCGGAAGUAUAUGUGUGCUUUCCUUAAUAGUGAAGGAGGCAGCCUUUUUGUGGGGGUUGACGAUAAUGGCUUAGUAUGUGGAAUCAGGUGUGACCACAAAGAUGAAGAUAGAGUCCGCCUACUCAUAGACUCUCUUUUGAAAGGCUUCAAACCUCAGGUUUUCCCAGCAGCAUACACACUGAGUUUCAUUCCAGUUAUCAAAGCUGAAGACACUGGCAUCUUCCUGAAAGUUAUCCGGUUAAGCGUCCAUCCUUCCAAACAGUAUGGAGAACCUCUUCUUUAUGAAACAGAUCAAGGGGAAAUAUACCUACGACGAGAUGGCAGCAUUCAGGGCCCACUCACAGGGAGUGCUAUUCAAGAAUGGUGCCGACAGAAAUGGACAGAUGAAACAAAGAAGCUGGAAUUGAAAAUACAGAGCUUGCUAGAGGAGAAGGAAAACCUGCAGCAACAAAUACAGGAAAAUACCAGAUCUAGAUGUUGUGUCCUCAUGUGAUAGCUCAGUAACACUGCCACUUGACAUUGGAAACAAACACAUGCUUCUACAAAGUAAAAAUAGGCCCAAUAAAGAGCAUGGGUCUUAUAGGUUUCUUGCUAUUUUGAAGGUUGGCAUGUUAGCCCUAAAUCAAGAAUUCUGUAACAAUAUUCAGGGUCCAAAUCCUUCAACUCUUUCAAUACAUUCUGCCUCAGCACUAGAUAUGAAGAAUGGUUUUCCAUGGACUUCAGGGAUGUUAUAUAUUUGGGUAAGUUGUUCUCAUCUGUAAUGGAUGUACAUGAGCAACUCUAAAUAGACCGAGGUACUUGUUUCCCUGUGUUACAUGAGCUAUAUCAGGAACAUGUUCCUAAACGCCUCAUAGUAUGCUGGGAGUGACAGGUAAGUACUACACAUAAGAAUGCUCAAUCUCACAGACAAAUUGGAGUUAUGCUACUGACUGGGUUUUUGCAGAGGGAUUGUUAAUUAGAUUAAAUGAGUCAGUGUUUUGCAGGGUCCAUAAAAGAAUGGCAAUAAGGACUUCCAGCUUGAUGCUGCAACGGGACAGCAGGAGGAGGAUGGAGCUC